UACGUUCUAAAUUCUAGCUAAGCUGGCUAAUACUGGCCAAAACUAGACCAAUGACAAUGGCCCGAAGGUUUAUGAAAUCGGAAUUGCGACCCGAUGCAUUCAAUUCCAAGAUUUACAGAACCGGAUUCUCAGAAUCCUGAGAAUCCGAACGGUCUCGAGACCCGAAAUGUAACCUUAAAUUCACCACUACUAGUUGAGGCAUGGCACAACGCAUCCACUGAUACACAGAAAAAUGGCUUUAACUAGUGUGAAGAUGACUGGGGAAGUUUGGUUGGCAUGUAUGACCCAUGCAUUGUCCACCGAGACUGAAGAGAUCAUGGGUCUUCUUCUUGGCGACAUUCAGCACUCGAGAAACGGUGAUGUGACUGCACUGAUAUGGGGAGCACUCCCACAACCACGUUCUGAUCGUCGGAAAGAUCGAGUAGAGACUAAUCCAGAACAGUUGGUUGCUGCUUCUGCUUAUGCCGAGAGAAUGACCAUUGCAACAGGAGUAACAACUCAGGUGAUUGGCUGGUAUCAUUCACAUCCUCAUAUUACAGUCCUUCCUUCUCAUGUUGAUGUGCGGACUCAGGCUAUGUAUCAAUUGAUGGAUUCUGGGUUUAUUGGGCUGAUAUUUUCAUGUUUCAAUGAAGAUGCUCAAAAGGCUGGGAGGAUUCAAGUCCUUGCAUUUCAGUCUUUAGAUGGGAAGCGGAAUCAUGAGUUGAGACUUGCUUCUGUUUCUCCCCUCCCCAAAAGCCCUGUUAUAGAAAUUGAAUCAUCUUCAAGUUUCUCAAAGAAUGCACUGACUAGACCUGGCUUUGUUGGGAGAGAAAGUACUCAAAAAGACAAUGGAGAUUUGAGAGCGUCUGCAAUGCCCUCUAAGGAUGGUGGAACAUCGCCCGACUUCGAGGUUCUUAUUGCAAAUGCUGAUGCCAGUACUGGAGACACGUACCAUGCCAACACUUUAAAAUAUUCGAUUCCUGAUUUAGAUCCUGUGGAGGAUACAUCAGGAAGUAUGCUAGAAGCAUUAAGGCUUUCAAAUUUGGAGAUGAGGUAACAUGAGUAUGUACUUGAUGACUUC